GACAAGGGCAGUGUCUGUCUCGGUUUAUUCUACACUAUUCGUUUGCUUUUGUAAUGAAUCACAUUGUGAAAGGUCUGAAUGGACACCCUGUACUUUCUCCAGCAAGUAUGAUAAUGAUUUAUUUGAUUCUUUUAUUCACUUUCAUUUUCUUUCUUUCUUUAUGAAAGAUCUCGUCGCUCAUUUGGUGUUUACCUGAACUAACCUGCUGGCGUUUGGUGUCGUUUUACACCACAUUCCAAGUACAUUAGCGAACACUACUUGGAGGCAGAAAUUCAGUCAAUUCGGCUUAAGGCCAUUUCCCUCAACGGUGGACGAGCUCAGAGCACGUGUGGGCUUCCAACAUAAGGAACGACUACUGUUUAUAAUAUGAAACCCGCAACGCUCUGUAAUUUUGCAUACAGUUGCUGGAAUUUCCCGAAAAGCGUGGGGCAUGAAGUGGCCGCAACCGCAUAAGGCGUCCCAACAGCCGGUGUGGACUGUAAACUGUCGUUUCGUAAAGUCAUGGUGAUUCAGCAAUACACCAAUCGCCCCGCUAAAAGCUAAACCGGCCUCGACCAGUCAACAAUCCAAGCAAAACUAGACCGUGAUCCGUUGCUAUAUUUGUCACAAGACUACGGGAUAUCCGCGCAUAUGCUCGGCUAAAAAUACCACCUAAGAAGAGAGCUGUUAGGUUUUACAUCGUGACAGAAGAGCGAACACAUGGCCGGAAUCGAGGAGCUUUCCCCGGCUGCGGGCCCGGUGGCUACCCGGCCACCUGAGGACGAAAUCGACGACGACGAUGACGAUGAUCUUGAUGAGACCCUGGUAGAGAGGUUGUGGGGCCUGACAGAGAUGUUUCCUGACACCGUCCGCACAGCUGCUGAGUUCUCAGCACAGUGUUCGGUCUCACUGGCCAAGAAGUUUUACAGUUUUUCUCGCUCGGCCCUCUGGGUGGGAACAACUUCCUUCAUGAUCCUGGUGUUGCCUGUGGUGUUUGAAACAGAGCGGCUACAGCUGGAGCAGCAGCAGUUACAGCAGCAGAGACAGAUCUUGUUGGGGCCCAACACCGGAAUCUCUGGUGGGAUGCCAGGCAUGAUGCCUUCAGCCCCGGGAAAGAUCUGAGGACCAUGCGUUGCCCACUUCAAGCUUGGAUGUGCUGUCACAAUAAUGCUGGGCUUGUGGCCGCAAGGGGAGACAUAGAGACUGUGCAGAAAUGCAAAGAACUGCUGCAACAAACAAAUUUUUAAAAAGGCCUAAGCUUCACACAGGUCUUCACAUAUGUGUUUCACUGUCUCUCCUUCCUCCAACAACAUGCAGAGACUGAUUUUCAGGAGCACUGCUUCCAUCUUUUUUUUUAAUAUAUGUAUAAAUGCGUUUUUCAUCCUGACUUGAGUGUUAAGGGAAAUGAGGAAAAUGGGCUAAAGUGAAGGAAGGGGCAGUUAAAGGUUACACACCGAGUAAGCUGUCUGUGUUCUGAAAUGGCUUCCAUGAUCUGAAUCAUUCCUCCGCAUGUAAGAGUAAGAUAUGUAUGCUGGUCUGAGUCAUGUGUUGACAUUAUUACAUUUUUGUUGAAAGGAAAUAAACAUGUCUUGGAAGCUUCUGAGAUCUUAAUGAG